AAAGGAUUCCUGUUUGCAUUAAUACGCCUUAGUGCACCCUCCGUACCAUGGAACCAGUCGGUCACGUUGCGCUCUUGGCCAACGAGGGCGGCCCGUAGUUGCCGCCGAACGAUCUAUUUCUUUCAUAUCCCUGGAGCCUCCAGUGAGGCCCAUGCGCUCACACUCUCCUACUAAUUCAUUGCCAGUUUGCUCAGAGGGAUGGCCAUUGACCGGCGAUUCUGGUUUUGCUUGAGCUCUUCUCGCUGCACAUGGCAGACAAUUGGGGUUCUAUAGAUACUCCUGGGGUUGGCUGUGCGCGAUGGGAAUCUACCGUUGACGCAAACGCUACUCAGCAGUCUGGGAAUUGAAACCAAUCCCUCCACCUCGCAAAGUGUUACCCCCUCCCUUGCUCAUGCGCCCAUUUAAGGCCACACCGAGCUUUUACGGUUGCCGCUGGGGUAAGAACUCAUCCAGGUCAUCUUGACAGAUGACAAAGGCGAUACACCCUUGGCGUGUGCUGCACGAGGGCCACCCAGGCGCUGUGGAGGCUUUGUGAGCGCAUGAAAAAGUGGACCAGGACACGGAAAUUUGCCUGGGAGAGAGCCCGCUUGCGUUGACCGCCGGACGGGGGCAUGCAUGUGGCGGUGGUUGCGAUGCUGAGCAAUUCAGACAUGUCGUGCAGCCGGGAUUCAGGUCAAAAUGGUUACAGGCGACAACAUACACACGGCCCUCGCAAUCGCCGAAGCAUGCGGUAUUAAGACAAAUGACGGCAUCGCGAUGGAGGGGACUGAAUUGCGGAAUCUAAGAGAGAAUGAGCUGGCCGUUGUCAUCCCCAAAUUACAAAUACUUGCGCGGUCCUCGCCGGAUGACAAGGAGCUUGUAGUAAAACAUCUCAAGCGCCUUGGGGAGAUCGUAGCUGUGACUGAGGACGGGACGAAUGAUGGCCCGGCACUGAAAGCUGCGGACGUAGGGUUCUCGAUGGGACUAAGUGGGACUGAGGUUUAGGCUUCAUCAGAGCCCACGUC